CCCCCCCCCGCCCGGCCCGGUGCCCCCGGCGGGCCCGGACCGCGCCGCCGCCGCCCCCCCCACGCUGGCGCAGAGGCCCGGGCCCGGGCCCGCCUCGCCGCUGAGGAUGUCCCGGAAGGCGCAGCGGGCCGAGGUGUGCGCCGAUUGCAGCGCCCCAGACCCCGGCUGGGCCUCCAUCAACCGCGGCGUCCUCAUCUGCGACGAGUGCUGCAGCGUGCACCGCAGCCUGGGCCGCCACAUCUCCAUCGUCAAGCACCUGCGCCACAGCCCCUGGCCCGCCACCCUGCUCCAGAUGGUGCACACCUUAGCCAGCAACGGGGCCAACUCCAUCUGGGAGCACUCGCUGCUGGAUCCGGCCCAGGUGCAGAGCGGGCGCCGCAAGGCCAACCCGCAGGACAAAGUGCACCCCACCAAGUCGGAGUUCAUCCGCGCCAAGUACCAGAUGCUGGCCUUCGUCCACAAGCUGCCCUGCCGGGACGACGACGGCGUCACCGCCAAGGACCUCAGCAAGCAAUUGCACUCCAGCGUGCGGACGGGCAACCUGGAGACCUGCCUGCGCCUGCUCUCGCUGGGGGCUCAGGCCAACUUCUUCCACCCGGAGAAGGGCACCACGCCGCUGCACGUGGCGGCCAAGGCCGGGCAGAUCCUGCAGGCAGAGCUGCUGGUGGUCUACGGCGCCGACCCCGGGGCGCCCGACGUGAACGGCCGGACCCCCAUCGACUACGCCAGGCAGGCGGCCCAGCACGAGCUGGCGGAGCGGCUGGUGGAGUGCCAGUACGAGCUGACCGACCGGCUGGCCUUCUACCUCUGCGGCAGGAAGCCGGACCACAAGAACGGGCACUACAUCAUCCCGCAGAUGGCAGACAGGGUGCGCCCAAAGUGCAUGGCACAGAGCCUGGACCUCUCUGAGCUGGCCAAGGCGGCGAAGAAGAAGCUGCAGGCGCUCAGCAACCGCCUCUUCGAGGAGCUGGCCAUGGACGUGUACGACGAGGUGGAUCGCCGGGAGAACGACGCGGUGUGGCUGACGACGCAGAACCACAGCACUCUGGUGACGGAGCGCAGCGCCGUCCCCUUCCUCCCCGUCAACCCCGAGUACUCGGCCACCCGCAACCAGGGCCGGCAGAAGUUGGCUAGGUUCAACGCCAGGGAGUUCGCCACGCUGCUCAUCGACAUCCUCGGGGAGGCCAAGCGCCGGCAGCAAGGGAAGAGCCUGCUGAGCCCCACGGGCGACCUCGACUUCUCCCUGCGGAGCCAGAGCGACCUGGACGACCAGCACGACUACGACAGCGUCGCCUCCGACGAGGACACGGACCAGGAGCUGCUGCGCAACGCCUCCCGCAACAACCGUGCCCGGAGCAUGGACUCCUCGGACCUGUCGGAUGGCCCCAUCACGCUGCAGGAGUACCUGGAGGUGAAGAAGGCCCUGGCCGCCUCGGAGGCCAAGGUGCAGCAGCUGAUGAAGGUGAACAACAGCCUGAGCGAUGAGCUGCGCCGGCUGCAGCGCGAGAUCCACAAGCUGCAGUCGGAAAACACGCAGAUCCGGCAGCAGACGGGGCCCCCGCACCCGGCCCCGGCCCCCAGCGAGCGCCCGGAGCACGGGCACCCCCCCGGCACGGCCCCCCCGCACCGCCGGGACCGCCAGGCCUUCUCCAUGUACGAGCCCGGCUCGGCGCUGAAACCUUUCGGGCAGCCGGUGGAGGAGCUGGUGACCAGGCUGCAGCCCUUCGGCAGCAGCGAGGCGGAGGACGAGGCUCUGUACUCCAUGCACAUCCCGGCCAGCGUGUACCGGAUGCGGAAAGGUCCGUCGGCCUCCUCCAUGCCCUUUCCCCCAUCCUCCCCGCUGCUCUCCUGCCCGCCUGAUGGUGCCCGGCACAUGAGCAAACUGGACCGGCACGGCAGCGGCACCGACAGCGACUACGACAACACCCAGGCGGGCGAGAUCCUGCUUGGCAUGGAGGGGAAGCGUUUCGUGGAGCUGAGCAAGGACGAGGACUUCCCCCACGAGCUGGACCCGCUGGACGGGGAGCUGGAUCCCGGGCUGCCCAGCACGGAGGACGUCAUCCUCAAAACCGAGCAGGUCACCAAGAACAUCCAGGAGCUGCUGCGGGCUGCCCAGGAGUCCAAGCACGACAGCUUUGUGCCCUGCUCGGAGAAGAUCCACUUGGCCGUGACGGAGAUGGCAUCGCUCUUCCCCAAGAAGCCGGCGCUGGAGACGGUGCGGAGCUCGCUGCGGCUGCUCAACGCCAGCGCCUACCGGCUGCAGAGCGAGUGCCGCAAGACCGUGCCCCCCGAGCCGGGCGCCGCCGUGGACUACCAGCUCCUGACGCAGCAGGUCAUCCAGUGUGCCUACGACAUCGCCAAGGCCGCCAAGCAGCUGGUCACCAUCACCACCCGCGAGAAGAAGCAGUGAGCGCCGGCCCGCGCCCUCCUGCACCUCCCCGGCCUCUCCUCUCCUCUCCCCCCAUCUCCUCCUCCCUCCUUUCUGGCGGCGUUUGGCACGCGGGGGUGCAAGUGGCCUUAGCCCUUGCGGGGCCAGGGCGCGGGGCGAGCCCCCGCAUCCCCCCCCCCCCCCGGCGCCGCCGUGGAGCUGGUGCUCAGCUGUGGGGUAGGUGCCUGCGUCCCCCUGUACAGACCCCUGCCCGCCCCGCGCAGCCCACCCCCGGGGCAUGCGCCUAACUUAUCCUGUACAUAGCGUGUGCAGCUGCCCGUGCUGGCGGCGGUGAUGUCCCCCCUACCCCUCCUCAUUCCUCGCCGGGCGGCCGGUACCCCUGGGGCCGCCGGCAGCGUUACACUGGACCGGGAUGCCCGCGGCCCCCCCCCCUCUCCCCAGGCGUCCUGCCCCACGCCGGGGCCGCGCUCCCUACUGUAAGAUGUGUUCUUGUACAUUUGUAUCAAUAAAGAUGUGAGCAUUGCACGGA